UAAGCAGGUCUAUCAGAGAUGAUGGUUAACAGUUUUAAAAAAUCACUUGCUCUUAAAGCAGACGUCACUCUGCUAACUGGACUGAACUCCUGUUUUCAUGAUCACCUUUAACUACAGAGGACAAGGAAGUCUGAAACUCAUCUACAGCUAACUAAGAACACUACAACCAUGAGAGACAGACUGGGACACCUGCAUCAGGUCCAGACUGACACUGAGGGUUUCAGUACAGUGGAGCUAGAUAACCUAUCAGAUCAUGAUGCAACAGCUGGAGAUAAUGAGCUGGAUGAUGUCCUGAAGGAGGCCCAGCUGAUACGUCUGGAAAUCCAGCAGAUCCAAAAUGACAUCAGAGAUCUGAAGGACGUGAACUAUCAGGCUUUGAAUAAGACUUCAGACUCCAUUGUGAUAAAACGGGACUCCAAUGCAAUCGGGGCAGAUAUUAAACGCAGAGGAGAAGCUGUGUUGCAGAGGCUGCAUAUGCUAAAUAACCUCAGAGGUGAACUGGAGGUCCAGCGCGGCAGUUUGGACCCCACAGUGCGCGUUGCUCGAACACAGUACCACUGCCUGAGCAACGCUCUGCGGGAGGUGAUGUUCAGCUACAAUGACACAGAGAUGAACCACAGGGAAGCCUGUAAAAAGCAGAUCCAGAGACAGAUGGAGAUAGUGGGCAAGGAGGUUAGCAUGGAGGAGCUGGAGGAGAUGAUGGAGGGUGAAGAACUGACUGUGUUCAGCACCCAGAUACAAGGCAAAUCUGCCCGGUCUGCCCUCAUGCAGAUCGAGAGCCGGCACCAUGAGCUGCAGGAGCUGGAGAAAAGAAUCGAGGGGAUCCAGGAACUGUUCCUAGAUGUGGCUGUCCUCAUGGAGGAGCAGGGCACAGGAGUGGAAAACAUCCAGAAAAAUGUUCAAAAUGUUGAUGUGAUCAUUCUGGAAAGCAGGGUCUAUCUGGAUAAUGCCACUAAAUCUGAUAAAAACAACCCUUUCAAGAAGAUGUUUUGCGGCUGCUUUCCAUGUUAUCACAAUUAGGCCUUAUGAAGCUUUUAUUGAUUCUAAAAUAUGGUGAAACUUUUAAUGAAUCACACUGACUUCCAGGAUACACCCACAGAUGGGUGCACAGUAGAUGGCGCCACUAAUAGAAAGGUUUGAACAUUGAUGGUGAUGAAGCCAAGUUGGGCUGGUCAUCAUAAAACAAGACCCACCAAGGUGCUGAUUCUCCGUUUCUCUGGGAAGGGCCCCACUUCCUGCAAGCCUGAAUUGGAUAGGUGCUUAAAAAAUAGAUGUAUAGUGAAAUAUUUAUUUAAGGCAUUUAUCUGUAAAAGCAAAGUGCAAUUGCUAAU